AUGCCUGCACCCAAGGCAGCGCGCAAGGCUUCAACGAGAAGCAACUCGAGCUCAAGCUCGAGUUCGGGCUCGCCGGCGCGCAAAAAGGCAGCUACCAAGCCGCUGAGCUCGUUCCAACCAACACUGAACUUUGCGCCGGUCGCCAAGCCCGUACCGGCGAGGCCAAAGAACAAUGACGAUGAUAGUAAGAGCAUGCCCCCGCCGCCAUUACCUGCGCGUGGUACGACCAAGUCCUCGCCUGCCGUCCUCUCGGGGAAGGCAGCUGGGAAGGGCAAGGGCAAGGCGAAGGCUACGGACGAGGAGGACGUGAUCGAGCUCAUUGAGAGCGACGAGGAUGACUCUCCCAAGAAGAGGCGUGCUCCUGCUCCAAAUAAGCGCGAAGCGAUGUGGACCGACAUUUAUGGUCCGACGAUGGAGUCAGAACUCGCACCGGGAAAACAACGCAUCGCCAAGGUUCGACAGUGGCUACAUGAAGCGGUCUUCGGUAUCCCAGAGACGUCACCACCUGGCCACAAACCAAACCAGCUAGUCCGUGAUCGUCUGCGCAAGUACAAGCGUAUACUGCUUGUGACCGGCCCGGCAGGAAUAGGAAAGACUACGACCGUGCGUCUGUUAGCGGAACAGCUUGGCAUCGACCUGGUAGAGUGGCAUGAGGGUGUCGAGGAGAGGAGCUUUGGAUCAUCGCCAUUCGAUCACGAGUCUCAGAUUGCAAAGCUCGUGUCCUUCAUCUCGCGUCACGCCUACCCAACGUUGGAUCUCUCGGCGGCAGGCUCGUCGCAAGCCGCCACCAGGCGGCCGCGAGCAAUGCUCAUGACUUCACUCCCGAAUCUAGGGCACCUACCCACUCGAGAAGCAUUCCACGCGACCCUUCUGAGCCUGUGCCAAACGUUCAACUCGUCGAGCUGUCCGCUCAUAAUCGUGCACAGUGACUCGGGCUCUGGUGGACGGGCGGAGGAGAGCUGGAUGGAUCGGGAGCGUGGCGGCCGUGAGAGUUCAGCGGACGUUGUGGGGAACGACGUCAAACUAGGGCCAUGGUGUGCCGAGGUCGAUUUCCUCCUCCUCGCACCCACCUUUGUCACGAAGGCGCUCAACCGCGUCCUUGGGCUCGCAAUAUCGGACGCUGCGAAACGACCGUCUCCAGGAGCGGUGCAACUCAUUGCUCAGUCCUCGAAUGGCGACCUCCGGUCGUCUAUCAACUCCCUCCAGGUGCUCUGCACAGGUCGAAGUCUUAAGAACGCGAAGAAGAGUAAGACCAACGGUGACGGGAAGCCGGCCAAGGCGACUGGACGUGGUAGUCGUGGCGGCAAGGGGGCAAAGAUAGACGUCAGCGAGGAGAUUCGGGCUGCCCUUGACGCAGUAACGCGGCGUGAACAGUCACUGAAUCUCUUUCAUGCGCUGGGAAAGGUGUUUUACAACAAGCGACUGGGCGAUCCCAAAGCGGACCAGGAAGAUGCAGAGGAGCUUGAUGUCAUCAGGAAACUGCCCCCUGAUGACCCAUUACCUGAGCAUCUUGAGGAUUAUGAGAGGUCCAAGUCGAUGGUCCAAAUGGAGUCCUUUGCUGGCACCAUUCCCAUCGAUGCGUCCACCUUCGCCCUCUGGAUCCAUUCCAACAUCCCGUCGUUUUGCGGCGAAGUGGACGAGCUCAGCGACAUCCUCGACUCGUUCUGCACUGCAGACGUUAUGCGAACUGAUGAUGAUAUUUGGCAGUCAAGCCCUCAAGCCAUCGCCUACGCCCUUCAUCUGACUGUCCGCGGGUCACUGAUGGGGCUGCCGUCUCCAGUCAUUCGGGCGAACCAGAAGGUCACGAAACCCCAGUUCUUCGACUCGUACCGCCUGGAGAGGAGCAACGCGUCGCUGCUAGAGGUAGCAAGGGGACACUUUGCAAAGAAGGCGGUGGCUUCCAGUGUCGACUGGGCAGACGGCCUCGUUCAUGACGAAAACGCUGUGCCAUGGGGCGGCCUCAUGUCCAAGGACAUUCUUGCGAGGGAAUUGGUGCCUAUGGCCGUCAAGGUGCAGACGCUUUCAAAACGGCCACUGCUUCCUGCAUCAGUGCAACCCCUCGUCCUGCCACCCUUCUCGAACGCGCCGGUUCGCGGAGGUGUGGAGUUGAGGGAGGAGGACCAGGUCGGCGAUAAUGACCCUCUGGAUGUCGAAAUGGCUGGGGAGGACGGUCUUGGUGCACCAGAGGCGUCGCACUGGGACACGGACACGGACGCGAAGGACAAGGAAGAACUCGGGUGGUUGGAAGACGACGACAUUGAGGACUGGGACUAGGACGUGUGCGAGGUGAGGUCGCGCACUGGCACCCAGAAGACGCGUAGAGGUGUGCAUUGGGCGUGUAUGGCUGGCACGCGCG